AUGAUCAAGGAGACCUCCGAGAGUAUGAAAGCUAUUCGCCAACGCCUUAAGAAAGCACAAGAAAGAACAACCGAACAAGUCAAAGUGAUCCGCCAAAGAUUGUUGACCGCUCAAAGUAGACAAAAGAACUAUGCUGAUCGUCGUCGUCGCCCAUUGUCAUUUGAAGAAGGGGACCACGUAUUCCUUAAAGUAUCGCCUCGUAGGGGUUUGUCGCGUUUUGGAAAGAAAGGGAAGCUUUCGCCACGUUAUAUUGGGCCGUUUGAUAUCAUUGAGAAAAUUGGGGAGGUCGCGUAUCGUUUGGCGUUGCCACCGAAGCUAUCGGGUGUACAUGACGUGUUUCACGUGUCUAUGUUGAGGAAAUAUGAACCGGAUCCGUCGCACGUGUUAGAAUGGUCCGAACUUGAGUUGGAGGCCGACGUGUCUUAUGGAGAGGAACCGAUGCGUAUCCUAGAUUCGCGCGACCAAGUACUAAGGGGUAAGACGAUACCGUUAGUGCGAGUCUUGUGGAGCAAUCAGGGUAGAGAAGAGUCGACAUGGGAAAGGGAGGACGAAGUUAGAGAAAAUAAAAUGCCUCCGAAAUCGCGUGUUAGGCGGGGUGUGGCAGGAAACCGGGGAGGUCGUGGCCGUGGUCGUGGCCGUGGGGUGCCACCAGAGGAUGAGGUUAGUCAGCAUGGGGAGAACCCAGGUAGGAAUCCGGGGGCUGGGGCCGGUAGGGCUGCAGAAAUACCACCCAAUCAAACUCAAUUUGCUAGGGAUCUUGUCGCAGCACUUACAGCUGCAAAUCUGUUCAACCAAGCUCCUAGAGAAAAUGCAGACAACCGAGCCUUAUCGGCAAUGCGAGAAUUUAGCCGUAGGAAUCCACCGACGUUUGAUGGGACAAGUAGUGAUCCUCUUGUGGCCGAUCAUUGGUUAGCACAAAUCCGUAAACUUUUCAAUGCUCUUAAGAUUACCGAAGACGAUUUACGAGUGAAUAUCGUGGCUGUUCAACUUACCGGGGAAGCCAAUGAGUGGUGGGAGUCUGUCCUAGAAUCUAGGAAGGAUGCGAGGAGAGCGGCAAGGACCGUAGCUCAAGUAAAUGAACCGGAUGUUGAAAAUUUGACGUGGGCCGAGUUUGAGACAUUAUUUGAGGAACAAUACUUUCCAGAGACUAGUCGUGAGCAGUUGAGAGAUCAGUUUGAGAAGUUGGAGCAGGGGGGUAUGACCGUGUCGGAAUACGCUCAAAAGUUUCAGUCUUUAUCUCGAUUUGCGCCAGAGUUGGUGGCGACGGAGGAAAGGAAAUGUAGACGUUUUGAGAAAGGGCUUCAUAAUACCGUGAGGAGAAUGGUAAUGGUGCAACGUAAGACAAAAUACGCCGAGGUUGUUGAGUGUGCGAGAAGUAUUGAAAUACCAAAGGAAGCACAGAGGAAUAGGGGAGUUUGGGAGCCGAGGCAACAAGUUGUGAGUGUGAGUUCAUCGUCAGGAAGCUUUGGGAGUCAAGGACGGAAGAGACAGAGGGAACCAUCUCAGCAACCAUCUAACCAAUCCAACUUUAGGGUACCUUCUUCUUCAGGGACUCGGGGUGCUUUGUCUAGACCUCCGUCUGUGUGCUACAAGUGCAAUCAACCUGGACACGUUCGUGCUCAGUGUCCACAUCUCCAGAAGGCUUGUUAUGUUUGUGGGAAGAUGGAUCAUCUCGCUAGGAAUUGUCCUCAGGGGUCGAUAGUGCAAAGUGAGUCGGGUUCCGUGCAGCAGCCGGGAACGGGGUAUAAUGUUGGCCAACAGUUUAGGGGCACUCAGAGGCAGCAACAACCUCACUUCCGCCAGACUACGUCGGUUCAGAGUUCCGGGGGUGACAAGGGAGCGAGUUCUUCCGCGCCUACUCAGGGUUCUGGUCAGAGGGGAGGUUUUGCACAAGGUCAGAGUACCCAGGGGCGUGUUUUCAACAUCAACUCGAAUGCUUCACCUUCUAUUUCUCAGGUUCCAGAAGCAUCCGUUCGUCGAGUUCGUAUUUGUCCUCUUGAGGGUCCUUGUUUCCAAUUCUUUGGGGAGCGUCGGGAGCCGUUGGAACCGUAUCUAUGUGGGUCUCGAGAGCGCGAGUCAAUUUAUUCCUUGUUGGCGAGUUUGACGUUAGAUGAAGAUUUGUCGACACGUGGGGAGUUACCUUUAGUAGUUCGCGAAUUUCCCGAUGUUUUUCCUGAAGAGUUACCUGGUUUACCUCCUGAAAGAGAGAUUGAAUUCGUUAUCGAUUUACUACCCGGUACCGCUCCUAUCUCUAUACCUCCGUAUCGUUUCGCGCCAGCCGAAUUGAGAGAGUUGAAGACUCAGUUGCAGGAAUUGGAGAACUUAGGAUUCAUUCGUCCGAGUACGUCACCGUGGGGAGCACCGGCUCUUUUUGCGCAAAAGAAGGAUGGUUCACUCCGCUUGUGUAUCGAUUAUCGUAAGCUAAACCGAGUCACCAUUAAGAAUAAGUAUCCCAUGCCUAGAAUCGAUGAUUUGUUUGAUCAACUUCGGGGUGCGACCUGUUUUUCCAAAAUUGAUUUGAGGUCCGGUUACCACCAGUUGAGGGUUCGGAGAGAGGAUAUUCCUAAGACCGCAUUCCGCACUCGUUAUGGCCAUUACGAAUUCGUUGUUAUGCCUUUCGGAUUGACGAACGCUCCAGCUACAUUCAUGGACUUAAUGAAUCGUAUCUUUCGUGCAUACCUUGAUCGUUUUGUGGUUGUAUUCGUCGAUGAUAUCCUUAUCUAUUCGCCAACGGAGGAGGAACACCAAUCGCAUCUCACCAUUGUUCUUGAAAUCUUAAGGGAGCACCAAUUGUACGCCAAGCUUAGUAAGUGUGAGUUUUGGCUAUCCGAAGUCAAAUUUUUGGGUCACGUGGUUUCGAAGGGUGGCGUGUCCGUCGAUCCAGGAAAAAUAGAGUCUGUUAUGAAUUGGCAACGACCGAAGAACGUGUUCGAAAUUCGUAGUUUUUUGGGUUUGGCCGGAAUUGAAGAAGCGAUUGACGACUGCACCGGUUCUGAUUGUGCCCGAACGUGGAGUUGGCUACUCUGUAUAUUGUGA